AUGGCCUUCUCUGCAUAUAUCAUAGCCAGAGUUGCGGCUAGUGCCAAUAUUGAAGAUGGGGAGGACAUGGAAGAAGACGAGGAUAAGGAGAACCGAGUACCGGAAGGGGGCCAGAAUGGAGAAAUCGGGGACACAAGCUUUGAGGUACCUAUGCACGGGGAGGAGCACGGUGGCGACGUACAUACCGAGGAAGAUCUUGCAGCAAUCGCUGAGCAUUUCAACAAUCAAAGAACCGACCAUGUCUACCCCAACUUCAGAGUAUAUCAAGACGAAAAUGACGAGAAUAUACCUCCCGAGCGCGACGAAACCCACAAUCAGGAACGUGGUCGGGACAGGGAAUUCCCAACAGAUGGAGUGCGGGAGACACGUCCCUUGGUGUACCCUUACACAGGCGUAUACGACGAGUUCUGGGUCUCUGAGUGGCUUGCCCGAGCAGAGAGGUUCGAGUUCCAUUCCUCACAAAGCUAG